UGGCCCCGCCGCCCCCCGGAAGUGGCCUCGCGCCGGGCCUCAGGCGCGAGCUCGGCGAGGGGGACCGAACCACGUGCCAGGCCGUUGCCAUGGAGACGGCGGCGCGGCGCGUGGAAGAGAAGGUGCUGCAGUACGAGGCCUUCGUCAGCGACGUGCUGCAGAGGGACCUGCGGCAGGUGCUGACGCAGCGGGAAGAGAUCUACGAGCAGCUGGCUCACUAUCUGCAGCUCAAGAACAUCAUUGAGAGGCUGCAGGAAUCGGCUGACCCGGAGCUCCAUACCCAAGUGGAUUUGGGCUGCAACUUCUACGUAAGCGCAGAAGUGCAAGACCCCUCACGGAUCUGCGUGGCAUUGGGAUAUGGCUUCUUUUUGGAGCUGACGCUGCCCGAAGCGCUGCGCUUCAUUGAACGCAAGAGCCGCCUCCUGACCAGCCUCAGCGACAGCCUCACCAAGGAUUCAGCCAAGAUCAAAGCCAACAUCCGCCUGGUGCUAGAGGGAUUGCGGGAACUUCAGGGGCUCCGGGAUUUGGUCGAGGAGCCACGGCGCACAUCUCCUCUGUGAACCCCGAGUCCCGGCCCCGCCGCUGCGGCCCCCGGAGAAGGAGGAGGAGGAAGAACGUGGUGGGGGGUGGGAGUAGAGAUGUGGGCACCAGAGUCCCACUUUUGUGACUGUAAAUAAAGUACGAUGAUGACGACGAA